AUUUUCAAGGUCGGAGGUACAGUGGCCUUCAACCCGGAUGCUAUCGUAAGAGCGCUCUCGGAUUUCUCCUUUGAUGAUUUUUCUUUGCUAAUUUGGGUUCACCGUUUAGAGGCGCCGUGAAUUCCACGCGGGGUCUUGUCAUACAAGUGACAAUUUAGAACGUCCUGGGUGACAUUGAAACUGCGGCACGCCCCCUUCGGGUCGCGCAUGCGCGCUCAGUGAUUUGUAUUCACGUGCGGAGCCGGGGAAAUCUCUCAGUCCAGCAUUGCCAUUGUCAGAGAGGGGUGAGAAAGACGUUAUUCGUUAUGGCAGGAAAAGCAUUCAAAAGUUUUCUCCCUUUAUUUGACCGUGUCCUUGUGGAGCGGUUGUCUCAAGAAACUGUUACCAAAGGAGGGAUUAUGCUUCCUGAAAAAGCUCAAGGCAAAGUCUUGCAGGCAACGGUAGUAGCAGUCGGAGAAGGCUCUAAGGGAAAGAAUGGGGACGUUCAUCCCGUCAGUGUAACUAUUGGGGAAAAAGUAUUACUUCCUGAAUAUGGUGGCACCAAAGUUGUAUUAGAUGAUAAAGAAUACUUCUUGUUCAGAGAUGGUGACAUUUUGGGGAAAUAUUUGAACUAAGGCUCUACAAUGAUGGUUUCUGAGUAAUCAUUCCAGAC